AUGGCCGGUCGUCAAUCGAGGUUAGAGGCAGAAAAACUUGCCAUUAUACAAAACUCUAUGUCAAGAGGAAGAUCUUUGUCACCUGGUGCCGCAUCAGGUAGUGGCCGAAGGGGUUCAUUCAAGAGCCGUUCUCCUUCUUUUUCCAGGGAGGAUUAUAAUGGAAGAUUAAAGUGGUCAAUAACAAACCACGAUCCCCUGGAACGAAUCAAAAAGGCAGGAGAUGCAAAUGAAUCUGCUUCAUGGGAGGAUGAGGUGAGCGAGGAAGAACAUAUUAGUGACGACGAUAACAAUGAAAAAUUUCAGUAUGAUGACACAGGAAAUAUCUUGCCAAAUUAUGCAUGUCAGGAUGAAAUGAUCAACGAGGUUAGUUCCAUUUUAGAGAAUUCUAAUUUGAAUGAUAGGUCCACAGUAAAAAAGUUGGAGGAGUUGACAGCGAAUGAGCGAGCACUUGCGGCUGCAAAAAAUGCGGGGACCAAAAUCGAUCCUGAUGUAUUAAACAGAUUAGCAAGUGACAAGCACAAACUUACGGGACUGGAGCACUUGAAUUUGAUUCAAUCUGACCAGGAUGUUGAGUCCAGAAGACAGAAGUUGGAGAAUUACCAAGCCUAUAGGAAGAAAAUAAUUGAACAGGAAAACGGAAACGGACAUGACACAAAUGUCAAGACCGAAGGGAACGUAAACUCACAAUCGCAAGCCGUAAAAGAGGACAAAGAGGGUGCCACUGAGGAGGACGACUUUAUGGUUCCUUAUACAUCGGCCGUGGAAGAUAAGCUCGACAGUGAAUUCGCUUCACAGUUGAAUGAGACUAUACGUGAAGGAGAGGUCGACUCCAACAAGACACACUCGAGAGUCAUUCAAACCAUUACGAGAGGUAAUUUUUUCCAAUUGGUUAAUCCCAAAGUGAAACCAAAAAUGUUUUUGUUAUGUAUGGAUUUUUCUCCCGAGUCUAUAUUUGCCCUCGAGUGGUCAUUAGGAACGGUGUUGGUUGAUGGAUCAGUAUUGUUCAUCAUAUGUGUUAUUGAGGAUAACGACCCAAAUCAUCACUUGAAAGGAAACACUUCGAACGAAAACCAACGUGAACAGCAGCGUCUCAAUAUGUUAAACAAAGCAAAGCAACAGGUUCUUAAUUUGUUGAAGCUCACAAAGCUACAGAUUCACAUUGUUAUUGAAAUUGUCCAUCACCCGAUACCAAGGCAUUUGAUUUUAGAAUUCAUUGAUAAUUUGAAACCAACCUUGGUUGUUGUCGGAUCAAAGGGGCAAAGUGCUAUUAAGGGUGUCUUGCUUGGUUCGUUGUCUAAUUAUCUUGUUACGAAAUCAACUGCUCCUGUCAUGGUGGUUCGCGAGAAAUUGAAGAAGAUCAACAGAUUUAAAUCUGGAUCAUCAGUGUUUUCCAAUAACAUUAAGCCAUUGACAUUGUCUGAGGCUAGAAUUGAUUGA